AAUAGAAAAAAAUGCCGUGUUUGCUUUCUAACGUCGACCAAAGUGUCUAGCGUGCUAUCAUUUCACUAUAGUCAUUUCAACAAACUCAAACCAAUCAGUGCCAUUAUGAGCUCGAACAGCCCACAGCGCAAAGUGAUCGUUGACGUCGACGUCGGUACGGACGACGCCUGGGCUCUGCUGUUGUUGCUGAAGUGCGAGAAAAAAUUCAACUUCAAGGUCGAAGCCAUCACGUGCACUCAGGGUAACACAGAUGUCGACAAUGCGGCUCGCAAUGUGUUGCGCAUUUUAACAGCCAUCGGUAGAACGGAUGUUCCGGUGUACAAAGGAGCCAGUGAGCCACUUAUUACGCCGGGUGCCCUGAAUGAGCAACACUUUCAUGGAAUCGAUGGCUUCGGAGAUUUGAACUUUGAAACCCCCGAUGAAAGUUUACUCAAAUCGGAACAUGCCGUGAAUGAAUUGUUCCGCCGAUUAUCGGACGAUCCGGGAGCAAUAAGUUUGAUUUUUGUUGGACCGCUUACGAAUAUGGCACUCUGUUUGAAAAUGUAUCCUACCGUUCGAGACAAGAUGCGAGAUCUUUUCAUUAUGGGCGGUAAUCGGCACGGAGUUGGAAACGUUACUAGGGCAGCGGAGUUUAACUUUUGGGCCGACCCGGAAGCAGCGCAUAUUGUGUUCAACAAUGUGCAGUGUCCAAUAACGUUACUGCCCUGGGAGACGUGCGUAUCGGAACACAAGAGCCUAGGGAUGGAAUGGAGAAUGGGCGUUGUGGGGAAUAGCACCAACAAAGCCGUACAGAUGCUCAAUCAAGUGGAAGCAAAAUGCUACAAGGAUUGGAUGAUGUGGAUGCCGUGUGACGCAUUUCUAGCGGCUGUCUUUGUACAACCUAGCAUAGUUACGCAUUCGGAAAACUUCCAUGUUGACAUUGAACUUUCAGGAAGGCUGACCAGGGGGCAAGCUGUGCCCGAUCAUCUGAAGUCAAACAAGGAAAACACUCGAAUCGUCGAUAAGCUGAAUGGCGAACAGUUUAAACUGUUGAUGCUUUAUGCGGCUGAUCAUGAUGUCGAGCAGCAGUUGUAGAAUAAACUUAACUUUCCA